AUGUUAUCUGAAGGAAAUCGAAGUAUCAUACCUUUUAUUCUUUUGGGUUUUUCGGAAUACCCAGCCCUCCAGGUUCCACUCUUCCUGGUUUUCUUGUCUAUCUAUAUGGCCACUGCUGUGGGCAACGUGGGCAUGAUUAUAAUCAUCAAGAUAAAUCUGAAAUUCCACAUGAUCAUGUACUUUUUCCUUAGUCACUUGUCCUUUGUAGAUUUCUGUUAUUCCACCAUAGUGACACCUAAAUUGUUAGAGAACUUGAUUGUGGAAGACAGAACCGUAUCUUUCUCCAGUUGCAUUAUGCAGUUCUCAUUUGCUUGCAUAUUUGGAGUAACAGAAGCUUUUAUGUUAGCAGCAAUGGCCUAUGACCGUUGUGUGGCGGUCUGUAACCCCUUGCUCUGUCUUACUAUUAUGUCUCCAAAGCUCUGUGCUCCGCUGGUGGCUGGGUCAUACUCAUGGGGUAUAGUGUGUUCCCUGACACUCACAUAUUUUCUCCUUGCAUUAUCCUAUUGUGAGUCUAACAUCAUAAAUAAUUUUAUCUGUGACCACUCUGUAAUUGUUUCUGUCUCCUGUUCGGACCACUAUAUCAGCCAGAUGCGCUGUUUUAUUAUUGCCAUAUUCGAUGAGGUGAGCAGCUUGAUGGUUAUUCUGACGUCUUAUACCCUCAUUUUUGUCACUGUUAUGAGGAUGUCUUCUGCAAGUGGGUGCCGGAAAACCCUCUCCACCUGUGCCUCCCACCUGACAGCCAUCACCAUCUUCCAUGGGACCAUCCUUUUCCUCUACUGUAUCCCUAAUCCUAAAACUUCUUGGCUCAGAGUUAAAGUGGCAUCUGUGUUUUACACAGUAGUGAUUCCCAUGCGGAACCCCUUAAUCUACAGCCUUAGAAACAAAGAUGUGAAGGACACAUUGAGAUUAGUUGUUGCAAAAUUGCUUUGUCCCUCAAUAUAA